AUGGUGCCCUCCGACGAGAACAAUCAUUUUUCUGCACUGCGUCUUCGGCGAAAUAGAAGAGUCCCUUACGUCAAUCAAGCAUGUAUCGAAUGCAAGCGAAAGAAAAUCAAGUGCGACGGUGUCAGCCCCUCGUUGAGUCUUAGCCACUCUAAAACCCAGACUAAAAACCGCGGAUUCAGCCAGGACUUCUUAUUCUUCCUCUCAACAUGA